CAGUGUUCAGCACCCCCAACCACAGAGUAUCAUCAAUGGCACUGAUGAUCAGUGUAGCCCCAUUAGUGCCACCUGUCAGUGCUUAUCAAUGCCACAUAUCAGUACCUACCAGUGCACAUCAAUGCCACAUAUCAGUGCCUACCAGUGCAAAUCAAUGCCACAUAUCAGUGUCCAUCUGAGCUGCCUUUCAGUGCCACCUAUCAGUGCCGCCUAUCAGUGCUGCCAAUCAGUGCCACCUAUCAGUACCAGUCAGUGCCGCCUAUCAGUGCCGCCUAACAGUGCCACCUAUCAGUGCCAGUCAGUGCUGCUUAUCAGU